AUGGCGCCACCACUCGCGGCGUGGUCCAACAAGUCUCUCGUCUUCCUCAUCGUCGUCCCGCUGCUGCUGAUGGCUCUCCUCGCUGCGUCAUCUGCAUCGGCGGGCAGGGCCGGCGGCUUCCAGCUGGAAGCGGAUGGCGGAUACUGCGGCCCAGUUAGAGUCUGCAUGGAAGAUCAGUGCUCGGCAACGUGCGCCGUCCUGGGAAUCAAUGGUGUCGGGCAAUGCAAGGUCGUCGGCGGGGUACCCACCUGCUGCUGCGUCCCAACAAAACCCUCCGCCUCCGUCGGUGUCCAAUCCACCAUCAUUGAUCCCUAG